UAGUUUUAGGUAAGUCUAAUGGAGAGUAGUGAUGCAUAUGGAUUCAAUAGUUUUCGUGGUAACAAUUCUUCAAUUUGGAGAAACAAUGAAGUUGAUGUCUUCUCCAAAUCUUCUUUAGAACAAGAUGAUGAAGAAGCUCUGAAAUGGGCUGCUCUAGAGAAACUACCAACUUAUAACCGUCUCAGAACAGGUGUAUUGGCUGGCACAGAAGGUGAGACCACAAAGGAAAUUUGUAUUAAGAGUCUUGGUUUAUCAGAGAGGAAGAUUUUGUUAGAAAGGCUUGUCAAAGUUGCAGAGAAAGACAAUGAGAAUUUCUUGUUGAAGCUCAAGGAUCGCCUUGAUCGAGUUGGAAUUGAUGUUCCUACAAUUGAAGUCCGAUUCGAGCAUGUAAAUGUAGAUGCAGAAGCUUAUGUUGGAAGCAGAGCUUUACCUACAGUACUCAAUUUUUCUGCUAAUAUGUUAGAGGGGCUCUUGAGCUAUCUUCAUAUUCUCCCAAGUAAAAAGCAACCAUUAUCAAUCCUUCAUGAUGUUAGUGGAAUAAUAAAGCCUGGCAGAAUUACACUGCUUUUAGGGCCUCCAAGCUCCGGAAAGACAACGUUACUGCGGGCUUUGGCAGGAAAGCUUGAUCAAGAUCUAAAAUUCUCUGGAAAAAUAACUUACAAUGGCCAUGAAAUGGAUGAAUUUAUCCCACAAAGGACAGCGGCUUAUAUCAGUCAACAAGAUCUUCACAUAGGGGAAAUGACUGUGAGAGAAACCUUGGCUUUUUCCGCAAGAUGUCAAGGGGUAGGAGCCCGAUAUGAGAUGUUAUCAGAGUUGUUGAGAAGAGAAAAGGUGGAACAUAUUAAGCCAGAUGCUGACCUUGAUGUUUACAUGAAGGCAGCUGCACUAGAUGGACAGGAGGUCAGUGUGAUCACAGAUUAUGUUCUAAAGAUCUUGGGACUUGAGGUUUGCGCUGAUACCUUGGUAGGAGAUCAAAUGCUGAGAGGUAUCUCUGGAGGACAAAGAAAACGUGUCACAACAGGGGAGAUGCUGGUUGGACCAGCAAGGGUGCUUUUCAUGGAUGAGAUAUCGACUGGUUUGGACAGUUCGACAACUUUCCAAAUUGUGAAUUCACUUAAGCAAUACAUCCACAUUCUAAAAGAGACAGCAGUAAUCUCUCUCCUCCAGCCAGCUCCAGAGACUUACAAUCUAUUUGAUGACAUUAUUCUCCUGUCAGAUGGGCACCUUAUUUACCAGGGUCCCCGUGAGCAUGUGCUUGAGUUCUUUGAAUCCAUGGGAUUCAAAUGUCCAGAAAGGAAGGGAGUUGCUGACUUUUUGCAAGAAGUGACAUCUAGGAAGGAUCAAAAACAAUACUGGGCAUGUAAAGAUGAACCUUACAGAUUUAUUCCAGUCGACGAAUUUGCUAAGGCAUUUCAGUCAUUCCACAUUGCUCAGAAGCUAGAAAAUGAACUUUCCAUCCCAUUUGAUAAGACAAAGAGUCACCCUGCUGCCUUACAUACAAAUAAAUAUGGUAUUAACAAGAAGGAACUGUUAAAAGCCUGCAUAUCAAGAGAACUAUUGCUAAUGAAGAGAAACUCUUUUGUCUACAUCUUCAAGAUAUCACAGCUUACUCUUAUGGCUUUCAUAACUAUGACAAUCUUCCUGCGUACUGAGAUGCACCGAGAUUCAGUAACGGAUGGUCAGAUUUAUAUGGGUGCUUUGUUCUUCUCUCUCGUCGUUAUUAUGUUUAAUGGAUUCGCAGAGCUUUCCAUGACUGUCAUGAAGCUUCCUAUAUUUUACAAGCAAAGAGACCUCCUCUUCUAUCCUUCUUGGGCAUACUUAUUGCCCACAUGGAUACUAAAGAUCCCAAUCACACUAGUUGAAGUUGCUAUUUGGGUGUUCAUGACUUACUAUGUCAUAGGCUUUGAUCCAAACGUCUCAAGGCUAUUCAAACAGUACCUUCUGCUUUCAUGCGUUAACCAAAUGGCAUUUAGUUUGUUCCGAUUCAUCGGAACACUGGGGAGGAAUAUGAUCAUUGCAAACACAUUUGGGUCCUUUGCAUUACUUAUAUUCAUGGCUCUUGGUGGAUUUGUCUUGUCACGAGAUAAUAUAAAGAAAUGGUGGAUAUGGGGCUACUGGAUCUCUCCUUUGAUGUAUGGGCAAAAUGCGCUAGUAGUGAAUGAGUUUCUUGGGAAAAGUUGGAGUCAGGUUCAACCCAAUUCUACAGAGGCAUUAGGAGUGUUAGUACUAAAGGCUCGUGGGGUCUUCCCUGAAGCUUAUUGGUAUUGGAUUGGAGUAGGGGCAUUGAUAGGUUAUACUUUCCUGUUCAAUGCUCUUUCUACUUUGGCACUGUCUUAUCUCAAUCCAUUUGAGAAACCUCAAGCAGUUCUAUCUGAAGAGAGCUUGAUUGAGAAGAAUACAAACAGAACUGGAGAAUCUAUUGAGCUAUCAUCCAAGGGAAAGAGUUCUAUAGGCAGACGAGAAGAUAUUAAAAGAAGUAUGUCAUCCAAGUCUUCGUCUACAAGGGUAGUGGAUACUGAUGCCAAUCAGAACAGGAAGCGUGGAAUGGUUCUUCCCUUUGAACCUGUUUCCCUCACCUUUGAAGAAAUUAGAUAUUCCGUGGAUAUUCCACAGGAAAUGAAAGCACAAGGUAUUACAGAGGACCGGCUGGAGCUUCUAAAGGGAGUUAGUGGAGCUUUUAGGCCAGGAGUUCUUACAGCUCUAAUGGGUGUCAGUGGUGCUGGUAAGACUACUUUGAUGGAUGUGUUGGCUGGAAGGAAAACUGGAGGAAAUAUUGAGGGAAGCAUCAAAAUAUCCGGUUACCCUAAGAAUCAGGAAACAUUUGCUCGCGUAUCAGGAUACUGUGAACAGAAUGAUAUCCACUCCCCUCAUGUUACUGUCUACGAGUCCUUACUCUAUUCUGCUUGGCUUCGGUUACCUUCUGAAGUCAAUUCUGCCACUAGAAAGAUGUUCAUUGAGGAGGUCAUGGAGCUUGUAGAGCUGACCUCAUUGAGGGAAGCACUGGUAGGGCUGCCAGGAAUAAAUGGUCUCUCAACAGAGCAGCGCAAGAGACUAACCAUCGCUGUUGAACUCGUUGCCAACCCUUCAAUUGUAUUCAUGGAUGAGCCAACCUCUGGCCUUGAUGCAAGGGCAGCAGCAAUAGUGAUGAGAACAGUGAGAAACAUUGUAGACACUGGAAGAACAGUGGUGUGCACCAUCCACCAGCCAAGCAUCGACAUAUUUGAUGCUUUUGAUGAGCUGUUCUUAAUGAAGCAAGGAGGACAAGAAAUAUAUGUCGGCCCACUGGGGACACAUGCUUGUCAUUUGAUCAAUUACUUUGAGGCAAUAGAAGGAGUCAGUAAAAUAAAAGACGGUUAUAAUCCAGCAACAUGGAUGUUGGAGGUGACAACAACAGCCCAAGAAGCAGCACUAGGAGUCAACUUCAGUGAAACUUAUAAGAAUUCAGAACUGUACAGGAGGAAUAGAUCAAUGAUUCAGGAACUGGGUAAACCUAGCCCAGGAUCAAAUGACCUUUAUUUUCCUACUCAGUACUCCCAGCCUUUCUUCAUCCAAUGCAUAGCCUGCCUCUGGAAACAACAUUGGUCAUACUGGCGGAAUCCACCAUACACUGCCGUUAGGCUCUUCUUCACAACUAUCAUAGCUCUGAUGUUUGGGUCAAUGUUUUGGGCUCUUGGAUCUAGAAGCCAAAAGCAACAGGACAUCUUUAAUGCAAUGGGUUCUAUGUAUGCUGCUAUUAUCUUUCUUGGGGUAUCAAAUUCUUCCUCAGUGCAGCCUGUUGUAGCUAUUGAAAGGGCAGUUUUCUAUAGAGAGAGGGCUGCUGGAAUGUACUCUGCAUUGCCAUAUGCUUUUGCCCAAGUCAUGAUUGAACUUCCAUAUGUCUUCAUACAGGCUGUAGUAUACGCGCUUAUAGUGUAUUCAAUGAUCGGAUUUCACUGGACUGUUGCAAAGUUCUUUUGGUACCUAUUCUUCAUGUACUUCACAUUGUUAUACUACACCUUUUAUGGUAUGAUGGCAGUGGCAUUGACACCCAACCAACACAUGGCUUCUAUAGUUUCCUCGGCAUUCUAUGCAAUAUGGAAUGUUUUCUCAGGAUUCCUAAUUCCAAGAACAAGGAUUCCUGUCUGGUGGAGGUGGUACUACUGGAUCAGCCCUGUUUCUUGGACAUUGUACGGAUUGGUGGUGUCACAGUAUGGAGAUAUACAGGAAAAGCUUGAAUCAGGCAGCAGUGUAGAAGAUUUUGUGAGGAACUAUUUUGGAUUUAGACAUGAAUUUUUAGGAGUGGUUUCUGUUGUGAUUGUUGCCUUCCCUACUCUUUUUGCAUUCAUAUUUGCUUUUUCAAUUAAGGCAAUUAACUUCCAGAAAAGAUAAGAAGAGAAUGCUCGCAGAAUAAAGAGAAAAAAAAAAUGAAGUAUUAGCAGCAGUUAGAGCCAUUAUAGAAGCUC